AAAUCGCUUGCCGUUCUUUAAAUGGCCUCCUCCACAUUUCUCUCUGCUUCUUCCUUGUUCGCCACCAAGCAUUACUUGCUCUUGAUUCCUCCUCAAGCUUCUGCAAAAGGGUAUACUAAUAACAACUUAAGAGUUUCAAAUUCACCAUCCUUUGUUCUAAGAACCAAGAAUUCUACGCAUCUGCAAGGUUUCGUUGCAAUGCAAGAAAAGGAUGCUUCAACAUUGGGUGAUGAUUUAAAGAUAAAAAUCCCACACGUGUUGAGUGUUGCUGGGUCUGAUUCAGGAGCUGGGGCUGGAAUUCAAGCUGAUCUUAAAGCUUGUGCUGCACGUCGAGUUUACUGCUCUACUGUUAUAACUUCUGUCACUGCACAGAACACUGUUGGAGUUCAGGGUGUGAGUAAUGUACCAGAGGAUUUUGUUGCAGAGCAGUUAAAAUCUGUGCUCUCAGAUAUGCAAGUUGAUGUGGUGAAAACAGGCAUGCUUCCUUCUGUCGGCAUCAUCAACAUUCUUUGUAAGACUCUGAGGGAGUUUCCUGUUCAAGCUUUGGUGGUUGAUCCUGUCAUGGUAUCUACAAGUGGGGAUGUGCUGGCAGGUCCUUCCAUUCUUUCCGUGUUUCGGGAGGUGCUCUUUCCAAUGGCUGACAUAAUAACCCCAAAUUUAAAAGAGGCAUCCGCUUUACUUGAUGGUGUACAAUUGGAAACAGUGGAUGACCUACGCUGUGCUGCUCGAUUGUUGUAUGAUAUGGGCCCAAAGAAUGUGCUUGUCAAAGGUGGUGACCUCCCUGAUUCAUCAGAUGCUGUUGAUAUUUUCUUUAAUGGUGAUAACUUCUAUGAGCUGCGUUCACCCCGUGUAAAAACUCAAAACACUCAUGGUACUGGUUGCAGUUUGGCAUCAUGUAUAGCAGCAGAGUUAGCGAAAGGCUAUCCAAUGGUCUCAGCUGUUAAGCAGGUAGCAAAACGCUUUGUUGAAACUGCCUUAGAUUACAGCAAAGACAUAUUUAUUGGAAAUGGGCCUCAAGGUCCCUUUGAUCAUCUAUUGAGGCUUAAGAGGCAUUCUCAAGACUGUCAUAGGCUGCAGGCAUUUAAUUCAAGUGACUUGCUUCUGUAUGCUGUCACUGAUUCAGAGAUGAACAAAAAGUGGGGCCGAUCUAUUACAGAUGCUGUUAAAGCUGCCAUAGAAGGAGGUGCUACCAUUGUUCAAUUAAGAGAGAAGGAUGCUGAAACACAGGACUUUCUGGAAUCUGCCAAAGCAUGUCUUAAAAUAUGCCGUUCACAUGGGGUCCCUUUGCUGAUUAAUGACCGUAUUGAUAUUGCCCUUGCUUGUGAUGCUGAUGGAGUGCAUGUUGGCCAGUCUGACAUGCCUGCUCGUGUUGCGCGCACUCUUCUUGGUCCAGAAAAGAUUGUCGGCGUCUCUUGCAAGACACCAGAGCAAACCCGACAAGCAUGGGUUGAUGGUGCUGAUUACAUUGGGUGUGGUGGUGUAUAUCCAACCAACACCAAGGAAAACAAUAUUACUGUUGGUUUGGAUGGGCUGAAAACUGUCUGCAUGGCAUCUACGUUACCUGUGGUGGCUAUAGGUGGGAUUGGUGUAUCAAAUGCACGAACUGUGAUGGAAAUUGGUGUACCAAAUCUGAAAGGCGUUGCUGUUGUGUCAGCUCUUUUUGAUGGGGAAUGUGUUCUUACUGAGACUAGGAAGUUGCAUGCAAUGCUAUCAGAGUCCAACAUUGAUGGAUACACUCAAAAACUUAUUAUCUGAUUCUAUAACUUACCCUAGAUGAGUUAUACAAGACUAAAAGUCGAUUGCCUUUGCAUCGCUUUAACUUUUUAUAAUCAACGUAAAAGAAUGUAACUAAGUGAGCUCGUACUGCAGGGGAAAGGAAGCUAUAAUUUGGACAAGUUCCUACAUUUUACUUCUGCCUAUAUCUAAUUAUGUUUUUGUAUUUA